GCGGGCGGGAGGCGGCGGGCGGGCAGGCUGGGGUGAGCGGCGCGGCCACCGGAGCCAAUCGAAAGCUGGAGCCCGAGCCUCUCCUCGGCCAGUGCCUGCGCCGAGCCAGUGCCGAGCUCCCCUCGCUGCCGGGACCGGCAAAGCCGCUCGCUCUCUACACGCACCGCUCUCCCCCACUGAGCGCCUAUGGGCGUCUGCAACCAGCGAGAGCUUCGCACCACCGCCACCACCAUCAGCAGCAGCAGCAGCAGGCGACGACCGCCACCCAGCUUCAUCACGCCUUGGGAUCUAUAGCUGGCAGGAGGGAGCGCGCUGCAGACCCUUCACCGCCUCCGUGCAGGAUGAUUUGGAAAUUUGCCUUGUCCGUUUUUCUGAUGGCAGCGCUGGUUCGAGUAACAGACACCAGGAAAAACCGUCCUGCCGGCGCCAUUCCCUCCCCUUACAAAGACAGCAGCAGCAACCACUCGGAGCGGAGGCAGCAGCUGAAUAAGGAGGUACUGGCCUCCAGCCAGGAGGCCCUGGUGGUCACUGAAAGGAAGUACCUCAAGAGCGACUGGUGCAAGACGCAGCCCCUGCGACAGACUGUCAGCGAGGAGGGCUGCAUAAGCCGCACCAUCAUCAACCGCUUCUGCUAUGGGCAGUGCAACUCCUUCUACAUACCACGGCACGUGAAAAAGGAGGAGGAGUCCUUCCAGUCCUGUGCUUUCUGCAAACCUCACAAGGUCACCUCUUCGACCGUGCAGCUGGAGUGUCCUGAGCUGGACCCACCUUUUCGACUCAAAAAAAUUCAGAAGGUCAAGCAAUGCCGGUGCAUGUCUGUGAAUCUUAACAACUCGGGCAAACUGUGAGAGCAGGCGUGCAGCUACUGCUUGGUGUUGCCCCCAUCAGAUUUACUGCUGCCUCUCCUCUCCCACUGAGUAGACUGUCCAUCUUGUUGUUUUUCUUCUUUACCUUUUUUUUUUGUGUGUGUGUGUGUUUUUUUCUUUCAGGAGGCAUCUCUCCAACAAGGAAAGGCUCCUUGUCGCUUGCCUGCUGGAAUAAUGCUUUUUAAUAGGCUGUGUUAGGCACUUCACCCUAAAGUUUCGUUGUAUUUCUGAUACCAUCUGGCAGUUGAACCUUCGGGAGUGGAGCAGGCUCCCAGAAGUUGGGAUUGAUCAGCUAAGUGGCCAUUUGGCUGAAUUCAGCAUUAAAUGUUUCCACUGUGUGGAGUAAAGCCCUCUGCCCUACACUCCAGUCCCCUCCACAAGACACUUUCCUCGUGCUUUGGCCCGGAGCUUGCUUCUCCCACUUGGAUGUGCUGGGGAGCUUCCCAGGACUGGGGGACACAAAGGAGGGAGAGUAACAAGGAGUAACGUGCGCAAAGUGAGACUCUCCGAUGAGGCUCGUCUCCUCCAGAUGACUUCAUUUUUGCAAGAACAGAUGGUGCUGGGCCUGUUGUCUGAAUGGCAGAUAAGAAGCGAGGGGGAGAGGGCAAGGCGCUGGGUCAGCUGCUGUGGCCACAGAGCAGACUGAGGGUGGGUUCUGGUGCUGCUGUGGUUAGAGCAUAUCGAACACAUGGUCUCUGCAGCAGUGUUUAUUUUGUAACCUAGCUAUCGUAAACAGCUGUUUAAAGUAUCAUAGACCUAGCCAUGUGUAUUUUUCUUGUGGCAGAAUAUGCCAGAGAUUAAAAUGCGUUGAGUAAGAAAGACUUGGUUGCUAGGUCAGCUGCCUGGCCUAAAAUGGACAUGGUUUAACUAGGCUUUCAGUGGGUUUUUGUGUGUUAGAUAUGUGUGUUUCUUACUCCAAAAAGGACAACAUCCAUACAUGACCUUAUACUUAUGCCUGCUCAGACCGGGGGAGGUGGGAGGGUAGUGGGAGAGGAACGGAGAAAACUUAAGGGAACGAAGCUUCGCUUAAGGUAUAAAAGCACUGCUGCACAAAAGACAAAAUUUGGUCAUUGCUGGACUGAAUACAAAAGCUGCAUCAGUGUCAUCAGGUUUUGGGAGUGGUGUCUCUCUCAUGGCUGGAAACCAUGUUAAUGUCUAAGUGUUAAAGGACAAGCCCAUCAGUCAGUGCUGCUGGAAUGGGUCACAGCUGUCAGAGUGGGGAGAGAGUUGAAAUUGCUACAAUACUGGUGGUCCACUCAGUUUAUGAGUCCUACAUAAUCAGUGUUGAUGAACACUUGCAGUUCAUUUUAAAUCAUACUUUUUUGUUUUUCAGUUAAUGGAGUUUAGCAUGUCCUGUAUAUCCUGUUCCAGUUCUGAUCUGUACUAGUCCCAGCUGCAUGAAAAUCCUACAUCUCAAAACAAACCAGCCCCUUCCCCCAAACCAAAGCCCGUGCACGCUCAGUUGGUUGACGCUUACAAAUUAAAAAUGACACGCCAACUCCGUGAUGCAUGUCCCACAGCUCAGCAUCUACAUCUAGUGAAACCAGCUUGCUGUGGGAGCUCUUUCCUGACAGCUUCUUCAAGGGGUUAAUGUGUUUGGCACUCUGGGCAGCCAGGGGUUCAGUGCCACAGGUCUCUAUUAUGUGAGACAGGCUGCUCUAAGAGGCUUUCAGGACUGAGCUCCACCACAGCUCAGCAAGCGGUUUAUGGGGAUUGGCACGGGCAGGAUGAGGUUGGUUGGGUCUGUUAGCCCUCUUACGUGAACGGUCGUGGCUUUUCUGCUGUGAUCUUGCAGUGUGUCAGAAGUGCACAGGUAGAUCACUUCAGCCACCAAAUGGGCACCAUUAAGCCCAGGCUUGAAGGUGUCGGUGUGGGUGGGACGGGGGCGAAGUGGCAAUAGGUAUAGUCUACUAAGACUCCAGAGAUCUCAGUGUCCACUUGAAAGAAAUGAACUGAAAGUCAGGCAUUUUGGACUAGAGAGAGAAAAAGCACCCUAGUAACUUCAGUUAAGAAAAAUGUGCAAGAAUCCUUAUCUUUAAGCUAUGUCCUGCCUGGGUUUUUUCACCAGUUUGCAAUACGAAUAUGCUGCAGCUUAAAGCUCCUUCUAGGAGUUGUGUUUAUGUAAAAACUGAGUUGAGCUUGUAAUGGUUAAAACUGUAUUUAAUUCUUGUUUUAUAAAUGAAAACAAAAAUGAAGAAAUGCUUUAAGUAUAAUGUAAUUAUUUUAUAGGUCUGCUAUUAAAUUAUAGAUGAAAUAAUAAAGCCACUUUAGGGUUAUAUGGCA